GACCCACAGAGCAUAUAUGGUCGAACUGGUAAUUAAUUGGUUGCAAAAAUCUGUAUCCGAUCGGGCGACCCGAGAAGCAGGAGUGAGGAAGACAGAGAUGAGCUACCACCAAGGACCUCAAGAACCCUACCCUCCGCCACCACCACCACCAGGCUACCCCUAUCCCCAACCAGGGCCGCCGGUAUCAGCGCCGCCCUACGAAGGCUACCCUCCGCCGCCGCCUCCUCCGGGGUAUCCUCCUCACGGAUACGGCCCUCCUCCGCCGCGUCCUCCGCCGUACGAGGGCUACCAAGGCUAUUUCAACGGGGGUUACCCUCCGCCGCAAUACCAGCAGCCCUGUUACCACGAUCAUAACCAUUACCAGGCUCAGGAUGAUGGCUGCGUCUCUUUCUUGAGAGGCUGUUUGGGUACACUAUUCUGCUGUUGUUUGCUAGAGGAAUGCUGCUUCUUUUUUUGAUGAUGAUAGACAUGGAUUAUUUCUCAAGGUUGUCUCUGCUUGAUGCAAUGUGGUGUAUAAAGAAACUUCUGCGUCUGAACGUUUAUAGAUUUUACAUCAGAGUAUAUGGCUCUGGGUAAUUGAUUGUGUAUCCUCGUAUGUGGUUGUUAUGCGAAACGUUUUAUGGUGCAUUGUGGAUUCAUAUAAUGUUCUAGACUUCUAGGACCCAAAAGAACUAAUGAUUUAUGUAGUGCUGUGUCCUAUUUCCGAUAACUAGUAAAUUCAAGUAUUUAUGAUAUCUA